AUGUCGCGAUUGUUUCAGCUGCAGGAGAACUGUCUGCGCCUGAUGGGCCACAAUCUGGAGAGCUCUGGUGUUCCGGGCAGCUUCUCCCUUGGCCUAAAGCACAUCGCAUCUCUACUGUUUGUGCUCUCUGCGGAGUAUCCGAUGUUGUCGUAUGUGAUCUAUCAUCGGGAUGACAUGGAGCUGAUUACCGCCUGCCUGAGCGUGGCCUUCACCAACCUGGUCACGGUCACCAAGAUCUGGACGUUUCUGCUCUACAAGCCCAACUUUGGCCAAAUGAUGCAGCGCUUCAGGCAGCUCGACUCCAAAUCUCAAAAAAAAAAAAAACCUUCUCCAGCUCAGCUCGAGGAUGGAGGCAAUGGCUAUUUGGCGCGUGCCAACAAGCUGGCCGCCUCGCUGGGCCGCGCCUAUUGCAUUUCCUGCGGCUUCACUGGACUCUACUUUAUGCUCGGACCCAUUAUCAAGAUCAUCACCAGCAGCUGGCGGGGCGUGCCCUACGCCCGAGAGCUGCCCAUGCCCAUGAAAUUUCCUUUCAAUGAUGUGGACAGUCCCGGCUACGAGUUUGGUUUUAUCUAUACGCUGUUUGUGACCAUCGUCGUGGUGCUCUAUGCCUCGGCCGUGGACGGGCUCUUCAUAACCUUUGCCAUUAAUCUGCGUGCCCAUUUCCAGGCGCUGCAGCAGGACAUUCGCGAGCUCAACUUCGACCAGGCCGAACAGCUGGUGCAGCGGCAGCUGGUCGAGGUGGUCGACUACCAAGUGCUGCUCCUCGACCUGUGCCGGCGGCUGCGACGCAUCUACACGCCCAUCGUGUUCGGCCAGUUCUUCAUCACCUCGCUGGAGGUGGGCGUCAUCAUCUACCAGAUUGUGACGCACAUGGACUCAAUCAUGGCCCUGCUCGUGUAUUUCUCAUUCUUCUGCUCCAUAAUGCUGCAACUCUUCAUGUACUGCUACGGCGGGGAGAUUAUCAAAGUUGAGAGCCUGCAGGUUGGCAUCGCUAUCCAAACAUCCAAUUGGCACUUGGCUUUGCCCAAGCAGCGGCGUUCAUUGGUCUUCAUGAUGCAUCGUUCCCAGCGGGAGAUGCUCAUCAAGGCGGGCUUCUAUGAAGCUUCGCUUGCCAACUUUCUGGCGAUUUGUCGGGCCGCCCUGUCGUUUAUAACCCUUAUUCAGUCCAUUGAGUAA